AUGUCAUUUAGUGAGACUUUCUGUCUUAUUUCAUUCGCAAUGCCCGGGAUGUAUUUGGCAUCCUGGCUGCUCCUGUGGGCCCCAGCCCAAUCAAUGAAGCUUCACAUGGGCGCCGUGUCAAAUACCAGCCGAGCAUUGUCCUGCGAAGACACGGCGCCGGUGUUUGUCAGCGACAUGGCGAAGGACCUCGAGGGCUCCUACGGCUAUGACUCGAUGUUCUACAAGGGUUGCCUUCAGUUUGUCCACAGGAAUGCUGAUCUCAAGCUGCCCAUCAUUGCGCAGAUUGAGAAGUUUGGCAGCGUUUGCAAGCAAGGGCUCUUCGUGGAGGGAGAGUCUGCACUCGGCGAGGUAGAUCCGAGCGUGUUGGAAUCCGAAUGCGACCGGGUCAUCUACAACAUGGAGGUGCAGUAUCGACUGCUUGGCGGUCGUUCUCUUUCCACGCCGGAAGGCUUCUGUGCUGUCCUCAUCGACUUGGUCUUGCCGAUCGACGAGGAGCCGGAGUGUAUGCGACUUGUAGAAGAUGUCACUCAUGCGCACUUCGACAAGCUGGGUACCAAGCAUGCUUGGCCUGGCAUCAUCCAUGAGCCGCACUUUGACGAAUCCUUCAUGGUUGCCUGCUUAGAAGACAAGAAGUUGGGUAGCGAAGCCAAGGGCAGAGAGGCCGAAUUCGGAGUCGGGUCUGAUGAGUGCAAGCUCGCGCUGGAGCGGCUCAUGAACAUGCCGUUGACGAAGGUGAAGGGGAUGGCAGACUUUCUCGCUGAUGUGUGCCCCUUGUUGGGCAAGCCCUUGCCCAAGCUGACCGAGCCACCGGAACCAACGUAUGUCAGCACCACCCGGUCUUUGACGGCAGCGAUGUUUCAAAGAGCUGCUCACCUUAGCCAUUUGCGCAAUGCCUCGAGCUUCUCCACACCCAGCCGGAGCCAGAAGCGUUUCAGCGCCCUGGCCUUGCACCUUGAUGAAAGCGUUACCGGCAAGGAUGACAGUCGUCGACGCAGGCGCCGGCUGAACCACAAGCAAGCCACCUGCUGCGAUGGCAAAGCUCGGAGUUAUGAGGUGGGCGUAACGGCAGCGAUGGGCAUCGCCUUCGGCACGACAGCAGUUGGGGCUGAGGGCUACGGGGGUUGGGAUGGGAAGGACUGCAUUUUCAAAUGGGGGCAGUUGCAAGAAGCGUGUUGGGGCGUUCAGCUAGGCGCUGGAGUGGAUGUUUCUAUCUCCAACGGCUACUGGAAUGACUUCGAUUCCACAAAAGGUGACGCCGAAUUCGUCGGCGCAUCGGCCUGCUUCUUCGUGUGCUUCGGAGGCCAAUAUGUCGUGGACACGGAUCACAACCAUAUCGGAAAGGUCCUGGAGACAGGUGGUGGCUUCGGAUUUGACGUAUCUGCCGGCAAAUGCCACGCGAAGAAGUUGUGGGAGAAGCAGGAGACGCAGCGUGAUCUAAAGGACAAAUGCCCAAGUGGUGGUGGUGGGGGUGGCUGCUUCCCAGCGCACGCAGAAGUGAUGACUCCAGAUGGCGUGAAAAGCAUGCAGGAGUUGCGUGCAGGUGACCGCGUUCUUGCUGCCGACUCGCACGGCAAUCUGAUCUUCGAUGAAGUUUAUUUCUUCGGCCAUGCAGAGCAGAAGUGGGCACCAUAUGUGAAGCUGCAGCUGCAAAGCCUUUCCGAGAAUUCAUCCCAGCAGUUGGGAAUGGGGUCGCCUUUUCUCCAACAGCUUGAGAUGUCUCCCGAUCAUUUUCUUCACGUUUGCCUUCCUUCUGAGCACGUUCAGAAGUGUGACUUCGCCAGUGCCAAAUCCUUGUAUGCCUCGGAUGUUCCAGUGGGAAGCUAUGUGUGGAUGUGCAGAGUGCCUGGGCACCCUUGUCUGGUUGCGAGAUUGAUCUCCUCCAGCUUUGUCCCAGCAUUCGGUCUCUACAACCCCUUCACCCUCUCAGGCAACAUUAUAGUGAACGGUGUGCUGGCUAGCGCACACAGCAGCUGGUUCAUGGACGGACUUGUCAGUCCACGUUUUCGCCACCAUUUGCCAAGCUUCUACCAAGCAGUUCUGAUGCCGGGCCGCUUCCUCUACGCCAUCGCGGGUCCACGUGCAACUGAUGCUCUGGGGGUGAACAAUCCCCAAUGGGCACAAGGUGCAUCGCAGUUGCCGGCCGUCGUGGCGGUGUUUGGAGUGUUGCCAAUGCUAGUUGGCACUAGUGUCCUUGCCCUCAAAGCAAGCUUGCUCUCCAAACGGAAAGCGAACCCAGCUUAA